UGCCUAGAUUUAUUAGCAUCUAUAUGAAUCUAGACAAUGCUAAAAAAUUUUACAUUAUGAAACGGAGGGGUAGCACUAGCUGCACUACCUUGUAAAUUACUUCGAUACAAAAUAAAACAAACAACCUGCUCAUACAAGUUGGCCAUUUGCUCCAAAUUUAUUAAUGACCCCUGAAUAAACCAAAGCUAAACCGACAAUUAAUUUUACACAGUGAGGGGGGUAUUACUUUGUAAAAUAUAGUACCACUUUCGAAGCGAAUCAAACAAAACAACCUCCCCAUGCAAGUUGUCCAAUUUGGUCCAAAUUUUAUUAAACCGUCCUAAGGAAACCUAAUAAAUUAAUCGAAAGAUCACACGCUAUAUAUUAAAGUAAGCACACAAGCAGUAGAUUUAUUUGCAACAGUACAGGCUAGUAGUAGCUCACACAGCAAGUUGCGUCCGACCCAAUAUAUAUACGGCUCUUCCUCAUCGACCUCUUCUCCAACCCCUCAUCGCCGCAAAGAAAUUCCACCGAACACACAGCGAGGAGGAGGAGGAGGAAGAGAAGAGAAGAGAAGAGGAGGGUGGGGGAGCGCGAAGGAGACAAGGGAACAGCUCAACAUGCCGUGCAUCCCGGCGUCCAGCCCAGGCAUCCCGCACCAGCACCAGCACCAGCACCACAGGGCGCUAGCAGGCGUCGGCAUGGCCGUCGGGUGCGCCGCGGAGGCGGCCGUGGCCGCGGCGGGGGUCGCGGGGACGAGGUGCGGGGCGCACGACGGGGAGGUCCCGGCGGAGGUGGCGCGGCACCACGAGCACGCGGAGCCAGGGUCGGGUCGGUGCUGCUCGGCGGUGGUCCAGCACGUGGCGGCGCCGGCCGCGGCGGUGUGGUCGGUGGUGCGGCGGUUCGACCAGCCGCAGGCGUACAAGCGGUUCGUGCGCAGCUGCGCGCUGCUCGCCGGGGACGGCGGCGUGGGCACGCUCCGAGAGGUGCGCGUCGUGUCGGGACUCCCCGCGGCGUCCUCCCGCGAGCGGCUCGAGAUCCUCGACGACGAGAGCCACGUCCUCAGCUUCCGCGUCGUCGGCGGCGAGCACCGCCUCAAGAACUACCUCUCGGUCACCACCGUCCACCCGUCCCCAUCCGCGCCGACGUCCGCCACCAUCGUCGUGGAGUCCUACGUCGUCGACGUCCCCGCAGGCAACACGCCCGAGGACACCCGCGUGUUCGUCGACACCAUCGUCAAGUGCAACCUGCAGUCGCUCGCCAAGACCGCCGAGAAGCUCGCCGCCGGCGUCAGGGCCGGCGCGUGAGCCCUCUCCACCGCCGGGCCAUUGGUAACUAACCGAUGGAUCGUUUUUCCGGGCGGACGGAUGUGUGUUUCUUCGGCGCGUGAUCUUUCUUUUUUUUUCCUCUUUGGUUUCUUCACAUUUGACCCCUCUUUCUCCUCUCCAUUUUUUUUUCUCGUUGUUGCGAGAGACACACACAACCAUCCUCCCUUGUCCAAAAAGAUUCAAGAAAUGACAUGUAUAAUUGACAGCCUGCAAUUCCAUUUGUAUGCUCGAGUUGGUUGGUGUA